UGCUCAGAGUGCCGCUCUGGCCGAAUCUCGCUGUGGUUCUUCUGCCGAGCAGAGCAUGGAAGAGUUAGCCAGGGAGAGCAUCGGCCUGCUGGCCUCAACCUCUGCCAAGCCGCCAGUCGACGCGGGGCCCCGGCUGGGCUCCAUGGGAGCCGUCUUCAUCAUGCUGAAGUCCGCGUUGGGCGCCGGCCUGCUGAACUUCCCCUGGGCCUUCGCUCGAGCCGGCGGGGUUCGGAGCGCGGUCACCGUGGAGCUGGUCUCUCUCGUGUUCCUGAUCAGUGGGCUGAUCAUUCUGGGCUAUUCCUCCUCUAUCUGUCGUCAGCACACCUACCAGGCGGUGGUGAAGGAGCUGUGUGGCACAGCCAUUGGUCAGCUGUGUGAGAUCUGCUUCAUCUUCAACCUUUUCAUGAUCUCUGUGGCCUUUCUGGUCGUAGUGAAUGACCAGCUGGAAAAGUUGUGCAACACUCUGUAUGAGCUGGUGACUGCUCUGCCAAAGUCUGAGAUGCCCUAUCACUUUUACACUGACCACCGAUUUGCCCUGGUUCUGCUCUGCUUCUUCCUCAUCAUGCCAAUGUCCAUCCCCAAGGAGAUCACCAUCCAAAAAUACACCAGUGUUCUGGGUACGCUUGCUGCAACCUACCUGACUGUAUCCAUAAUCAUAAAGAACUUCACCAUGCCGCCUGUUCCAGAUCACAGAAGCCCUUUCUACUCCAGUGGGACUGGCGCCUGGGAAUCGAUGUUCAGCGUGAUCCCAACCAUCUGCUUUGGUUUCCAGUGCCAUGAGGCUUCCAUCGCCAUCUACAGCAGCAUGGAGAACCAGCGGCUUUCUCACUGGGCCUUCAUCUCUGUGGUCGCGAUGGUUAUCUGUCUCAUUAUUUACUCCCUCACAGGAGUUUACGGAUACCUGACAUUUGGAAAGACUGUGGCUCCGGACAUUUUAAUGUCGUACUCCACUCAUGACAAACUCAUGCUCGUUGCCAGACUGCUGUUUGGAGUCUCCAUAAUCACCAUCUAUCCCAUCAUCGUGUUGCUGGGCAGAUCAGUGAUGCAGGACCCUCUGCUGAGCCGGUGGAGGAGACGGGGCGAGGCGCUGAUGGUGAAGUUUGAAUGUCGCAGCCGAUGGGUUCUGACGGUUCUGUGGAUAAUGACGACGCUAGUCAUUGCUGUGUUUGUACCAGACAUCAGUAAAGUUAUCAGUGUCAUUGGAGGAAUCAGUGCCUUUUUCAUCUUUAUAUUCCCAGGACUCUGUUUGAUGUUUGCCAUGCAAUCUGAGCCAGUAUCCUGCAAGACCAGAAUCACCCUUACCAUUUGGGGAGCAGUUACCCUGGUCUGUGGAGCCUUUAUUUUUGGUCAAAGCACCACCAUCGCUGUGAUGGAGCUCCUUGGAAAGAUUUGACCUCUCAGGGACGUCUAUGAAUAAGUCUGAACUGUUUUGCUCCUCCUGAGGUCAGUUAUGACUCUUGAGUGACGGACGACAGAAACUGAAUACCGAGGACACGGACACACACUUUUUCAGCUUUCAGCUCAGUGGUUUCAUUGCACUGGGACACAGCCAGUAAAAUGGUGCUGUAGAAGAUUUUUUUUAUGUGAAUUUAUUGAUUAUAGCUGCACUGUGACAAAAAAAACUCCAAACUUUCUGCUACUGUGUCAAUGACUGAGUAAAACUUUAAAGUGUUUUCUUGCUAUUUGUUGAUGCUGUUGUUGGGCGCUGUUUUUAUUCAUUUUCUCAAGAAGGGGUCCAAACUUAAGUUACACCCAUCAUAUUUUUCUUUGCCAAUUUAGAUUUCUGAUUGAGGUCUGUCCUGCCAGUACCAUAAAAGGAAAAAUUUAGCUCAAGUUUUUUUUGACAGGAAUAGUUGAGCAGAAUCCAUAAAAAAAAAGAAAAAAAAAUCCAGUAAUUCCCAUCUCCGCAUCAAAACAUGUAAUUCAUAAUCAUCUGAUUUAUUAAAUUAAAAAGUGCAUCAAAAUACAUGGGGUUUACUGAUUUGAGUGGCAUCCUUAGAUUUUAGGCAUUUGCCUUUUGAUCACCUGUCAGGGCCAAGCAAGGCAAAACUAGCCUUUUCAUUGAUUGGUACAGAUAAUUUCUCUACUCCAAAUAAUUAGCCAAAAAAAUAAAUAAAUGAAUACAAUAAAAAUCAGUGGAAAUUGGCAGUAGAUCUUUAGUUGGGUGGGGAAAAACUUUAGCCUGCUAAUCUUUGAAAAGCUUUCAGUGCAGCUAAAUAACUGCAAACAGAAGUGGCCCGUUAUAAGGUCACACCACAACAUCGUCUAUUCUUUGAUUUGGUGAGUCCAAAACUUGUGAUUGUGUGUUGUUACUCAGAGGUGGACCUGCUGCUUUGCUUUGGACUAUUAUCCUGCUGCAUAACCCAAGCGCCUUGAGCUUAAGGUCAAAAUCUGAUGUCAUGACAUUGUCCUUCAAGUUUCCCUGUCUGGUUAGUCAACAGAAUAUUUUUCCAGAUGUCUUUGGGAUAAUCAAGAUGCUUUCACAAAAUCUGAGAACAAUCUUAGUUGUUAGCGGUUUA